ACAACCAUGACAAUUCUCACUGCCGAAAGACUAGUUAGAUUGGCAUACAACUACCCCAGUCUCCACAAUACCUGGUACUUGAUUGCCACUGCGUGUCUCACCAUUGUCAACCAACCCCAGGAGAUCCCCCGGCUCUACCACUUUGCAUUGCGCCAGCAGUUGUUGGACACUCCCAGUGAUGACAGCGUGCUUACUGACAAACACAUGCUUCAACUAGCCCAGGAUUCGAUCAACUCGGCUAAGAAGUAUGCUGAUUUGACUGGAGUCGGAGUCAACUUGCCCGAUUUGUUGGUGUAUACCCAGCACUUGCCCUUGAAGUUUAAGUACUCAAGAAGUGAAGAUAUUCAUGCCACCCAGGAUAGAGUCACUUGUCGGAUCAGAGAAGUUAUACUCAAGAGUGUGGCCCUUGGAGGGUUACCCAGGGCGAUCAAUGCAUUGAUGAUUUUGAAAACGGUUACGCCUACGUCCUUGAAAGCCGGGUUGAUCCCGGAACGUAACCUUAUCGUCCACCCAGGCAAGAUCCCCUCGUCGUCAAUCGUCAGUGAAGAUUUCGACGGCACGUCAUUCGAACAACAGUCAACCACAGACACUAUUGACGGGCCCAUUUCCAAGCAGUCUAUCGACGUUAGACAGAUUAAGAAGGAGUUGGUGCGCGGGUCCAACUUUUGGAAUUCGGUGUACACCAACAAGAUCAACACCCGGAUCAAGCAGCAGAUGUUGACGGCAUACCCGGACUUGUGGUACUUUGCCUACCAUCAUAUCUACGCUCCGUUAUUGAGUUAUACUGAUAUCCUUCUGGGCAAGGAGACGUCGAUGUGUGUGGUUGCCUGUUUGAUUCCUCAGGAUGUUAAUCCCCAGUUGAAGGGACACUUGAAAGGUGCGUUGAAUAACGGUGCCACUAAACAGGAGUUGGAUGAUGUUAGACUGUUGACAUUUGAUAUUUGUGAUUGGGCCGGUGGUGUCCAUUGGCAAGGUGGUAAAGAAGGAGUAGCCAAGUUGUAGGUGUAUAAAUUAGAUAGUGUAAUUUUUCAGUCCUCCUCCCCACAC